UGUGAGACACCUGGUGCGAACUUUUAGACGUACGCGGAAAGCAAGGACGAAGAAAGAACAGUUGGAUCUUUCCAUAUACCACCGUGUGUUAAAAACUUUAUAUUAACACCAUAACCAACCAAGUCACUAGGAAAAAAAAGGAAGAAGCAGAGGAGCUAAAACGACGUCGUCGAGGGAGAUUCUUGCCAUGGCCUCGCAUAGUCUCUCCUUCUUCAGAGUUCUUCUCCUCCUCUUUCUUACUACUCUCUCAGAGAGAAUUAAGGGGCAAGGUGUGGGAAUCAAUUAUGGCCAAAUCGCUAACAACCUCCCAUCUCCGGCGAGAGUCGCCGUACUCCUCCGGUCACUUAACAUUACAAGAGUAAAACUCUACGACGCAGAUCCAAACGUCCUCUUCUCCUUCUCGAACUCACAAGUCGACUUCAUGAUCGGUUUAGGCAACGAGUAUCUUCAAAACAUGUCAACAGAUCCAACCAAAGCUCAAGCUUGGCUACAACAAAGACUCGAACCACACAUCUCCAAAACACGAAUCACCUCAAUCGUUGUCGGAAACGAAAUCUUCAAAACCAACGAUCAUGUCCUCAUCGGAAACUUACUACCGGCUAUGAAAUCGGUUUACGCUGCUUUAACCAAUCUCGGUUUAGAGAAACAAGUAGCCGUAACGUCAGCUCAUUCUUUAGACAUUCUUCAAACAUCUUACCCUCCUUCCUCAGGAUCAUUCAAAGAAGAGUUCAUACAAUAUCUUGAACCACUUCUUGAUUUCCAUUCUCAGAUCAAAUCGCCUUUCUUGAUUAACGCUUACCCUUUCUUUGCUUAUAAAGAUAGUCCUAAAGAGGUUCCAUUAGAGUAUGUUCUGUUCGAACCUAAUCCAGGUAUGGUUGAUCCAAACACUAAUCUUCAUUAUGAUAACAUGUUGUUUGCUCAAGUUGAUGCGCUCUACUCCGCCAUUAAGACUUUGGGACAUACCGAUGUCGAGGUUCGGAUAUCGGAGACCGGUUGGCCUUCGAAAGGAGAUGAGAAUGAGAUCGGGCACGUGAGUGGAUCAGGCGUUGAAGGCGGCGAGGUUAAUUUAGCUAAGGAAGGGCAGUUGACAAUAACAGAGAAAGGCGGUGAUCUAGACGUGGCCGGUCUCUGA